AUGAGUAAGAAGCCACCUUCCCAGAAAGAGAAACCCAAAACUGUAGUGAUACCUCCUUCGCAGGAGUUAAAUGUUGAUGUGGAUUUGAGGAGACUUCAUGAAGCUUGUGGUGCUCUCGGGGAUUACAUUUUGCCUUUUUCGAAACGCAUCAAAUUAGAGCUUCAACGUGUGAGAGAUGGUGAACAGCCCGAUGUACCCACAGUUCCUCUUUUUUUAUACAGUGAAAUCCCAUAUAAUGAGGUUAAACUUCUUUUCUCGGGGAUUCUGUCAAGUUAUCCAUUUCUUCGAGAAAUACAACUUCACCAUUGCGCAGUUGGAGAUGAUGGUAUGCUCAUUAUUGUGGAAUUUAUAAGAUCAUACAGACCGACACCGGACAGAAAUCCUUUUGGUAUACAACGUCUCGAAGUUCCUGGUUGUUUGAUAGGACCUGCUGGAGCCAAACACAUUGGUAAAUUACUAAGCGAAAAUGAUACUAUUACUCGUUGUGUACUGGAUUUUAAUCCUUUAGGUGAUGCUGGCGCUCAAGCAAUUGCUAAUGGGGUUAGAUGGAAUGGAUCGCUUGAAGAACUUUCUUUACAAUACUGUAAAAUAGGUUCUUCUGGUGCUGAUGCUUUAGCGGAAGGGGUAUUACGAGGCUCAAAUGUUCGUAUAUUUUCUCUUCGAGGUAAUCCACUUGGUCCUGAAGGAAUAAAAUAUAUUGGUUUGGCUCUUGGUAUAGGUAACCGUAUCGAAUCCAUUGAUAUUGCAGACACAAGAUUUGCUGUAUCUUCUCAGGCUGUAGAGGCACUUUGUCAAGGAGCUGGAAGCAGUAGCUCACUGACAUGCGUAGACAUGGAUCUUAAUGUAGUCACCCCGGAAGCUGCUUCAUUGAUUGCUGCCGUUAUACAAAAAAACAAACGACUUGUUCAAUUUCGUGUAAAUGAGCGAAUGGAUUCAAAUCAGUUUCUCAUGAUUCAAAAUGCACUAGAGCAGAAUGGAAGAUGUACUAAAAAAAAGAAGCGUACCAAAUCAUAA